CUUGUAGGACCAUGUCGACGACUGUGCUUCGUCGUGUGGCGCUGCCGUCGAAUCUGCGUGUGUAUGAGCUGGAGAAGUUCUACAGGCGGAGCCCCGUCACGCAGCCGGGGCAGUUGGUGGACCUCUCACACAAGCAAAAGUCACUCACUGAGGCGCUCGCAUCAUGCGCCGUCAAGGCCGACUUCCUGCAGGUGCCUACGCGUGGCAUCAAGACAGGCAGCCAACAUGCUCAUUAUCUCAUCUGCUGUGCUGUGUGUGCGCGUGUCCAGGUUGACACAUUGAAGGGUGUGGUGGUGAACACCAAGCUGACGUCCAAGCAUGUAGAUCCGCACUUCGCCAGCUACCUCCAGGACCUACUUGCAGCACAUGGCGCUAAGUGAAG